AUGACGUUGCUCUGGAUUGUCGAAACCACCGCCGUUGUGCUGUUGCUAUGGACAGCAGCUGAAGCUAUCCGUCGCCUCUACUUCCACCCCAUCGCGCAUAUUCCAGGUCCCCGCCUCGCAGCUCUGACAUGGGGGUACGAGUUCUACUACGACGCCAUCCAGCCCGGUCAAUACGUCUUCAAAAUCCAAGAGCUUCACAAGGAAUAUGGCCCCAUCAUCCGAGUCACUCCCGAGGAGAUCCACAUCAACGACGUCGGCUUUCUGGACACUGUCUACGCGCCCGCAAUGGCCCGAAGGGACAAACUCCGACGGGAAUCCCUCACCCAUUUCUUCAGCAAGAAGAACAUUUUGUAUCUGGAAGGGCUGAUCACGGACAAGGUCGAGCAAUUGAAGCAAUUGAUCGCAGCCCAUGUAGCCGACAACACGCCAGUGAACUUGUCAGAUGCAUUUUUUGCCUUUUCCAACGACGUCGUCACGAAUUUCCUCUUUGCGCACCAGACCGACAUACUAUCCAACGAGCCCAAGGCAGCCAUCCUCCGCCAGAACAGCAGAGAGCUCCUAAUGGGCAUCAACCUCAACAAGCACUUCCCGUGGAUCCCGGAUUUCCUCGAAUUACUCCCGCUAUCCAUCAGCCGGCCGAUGAUGCCCCCAGGCCUCGUGGAUAUGCUUGCACUCUUCGACCGAGUCCGCAACGAACUCCUCACCCUCACGCACACCAGAUCAUCAGCAACAGCAACCACCGCAACUAAACCCCUGGGCCCAACAGGCAAAGAAUCCGUCUUCGACUCCGUCCUCGACGCUCCCAACCUCCCCGACACAGAGAAGACGCUCCUCCGCCUCGAACAAGAAGGCACCCUGCUCGCGCUAGCAGGGACCGAAUCGCCCGCGCAGACCCUCACCGUCGCCUUCUACCACCUGCUCGCCAACCCGGCGCAUCUCGCGAAACUACGCCAGGAGCUCCGCACGGUCCCCGCCUCAGCCUCCUGGACCCAGCUCGAACAACUCCCCUACCUCUCCGCGAUCCUCGAAGAAAGCAACCGCCUCUCCUUCGGCGUCACGGCCCGAACCGCCCGGAUCGCCUAUGAGCCGGUAACUUACACGCCCUCCGCGCAUGCUGCCCCAUCGCCGUGCAGCCCUCCCGGUGCGCAACCUGAAUCCUAUGAUAUUCCCCCGGGCACACCGAUCAGCAUCACGACGUUGAGCGCGCAUACGGCCGAGACCGUGUUUCCGGAGCCGUGGGCCUUUGAUCCGGAUCGGUGGCUCGGGGAUGCCGGGAGGGAGCGACGGAGGUUUCAAAUGGCGUUUGGGAAGGGAGGGCGGAGGUGCUUGGGGAUCGAGCUCGCGCGCGCGGAGCUGUUUCUGGUGAUUGCGGGGUUGGUGCGCGCGUUUGAUAUGACGCUGUUUGAGACGGGGGAGGAGGAUGUGGCGUUUCGGUGUGAUUAUCAGGUUGCUAUGCCGGGGAGGGGAUCGAGGGGGGUGAGAGUGAGGGCGAGGGAGAGGGUGGGGGUUGGGGGUAGCUAA